CUUUUCUUUCCUUUCUUUCUUUUUUCCCCCAUCUUUCUCCUCCCGCUUCUUCUUCUUCCUCACUUCACCUAACCUCUAAUGGUCGAACCGCCGGCGAUUUGAAAAAUCACAAACCGAAACCCCGACCGGUCGGCACGACGGUUUUGGUUCGGUUGAUUCCGGUUCGAGUCGAACCGUACAUCCGGUUCAAAAAUCGGCUAACAGGCGGUUCGAACCGGCGGUUCCAGACGAAUGGGCAACUCUAGUCUCUAGUCUGUGGGUUUGCUUGUUUUUGGUUUUGAAUUUACCAUUCAAGUCGUUGCUAAAAAAACAAAUUAUUCUAAUUUUAUAUAUAAAAUAAAAUCAUUAUAUAUAGAAACCAAAGCCAAACAAUCCUCUGUUUAAUCCUUUUUUUACACGACAAGGGUUUCUUCUACUACAAGCACCGCUAAAUAGUUCAUCGUCGUCUCCUUCAGACCAACCGCCAGAGAAUUUGAUAAGUUUUCAGGUAGCUGAAAUGGGGCAGGAUAAAAUAUUGGCAAUCACGGAUCGAGUAGCCGUGUCUCUUAGUGCCAUUGUUGAUGCAUUUAAGGUGGUUAGGCAAGAAGGUGCUGAGCAGAUCGACCCACUGAUCAUCACUCAAGCUUCAUCAGAUAGUCUUUUGUCUGUGGAGCCUUCAUCUAUAGAUGUUGUUGUCACAAUAUGUAACUCAUCGGAAUUUCCAAGUGAUCAAUUACUGGCAAAUGUCUCGAGAGUUUUAACGCCUGGUGGAACCAUCAUUCUCUAUACUUCUCAGUCUGCAUUGGGGCAAAAGGAAAACACUUCUUUUGAGCGUAAGCUGUUACUUACUGGAUUUCUGGAUGUACAAUCUUCUGGCAGCUCACCUCUAGGGAUAGUCGGAAAGAAACCCUCAUGGAAGAUUGGGUCCUCAUUUUCCAUUAAAAAACCCUCACAAGUUCUUCCCAAAGUUCAGAUAGAUGAUGACAUGGAUCUAAUUGAUGAGGACAGCCUUUUGAGCGAGGAAGAUUUGAAGAAGCCCCAGCUUCCAACAGGUGAUUGUGAAAUCAGUAGCACAAGGAAAGCCUGCAAAAACUGCGUCUGUGGGAGAGCAGAAGCCGAGGCGAAAGUCGAGAAACUUGGACUCACUAUGGACCAGCUGGAUAAUCCUCAAUCAGCUUGUGGAAAUUGCGGCCUUGGUGAUGCUUUUCGAUGCGGUACAUGCCCUUAUAAGGGUCUUCCUCCAUUUAAGUUGGGUGAGAAGGUGGCAUUAUCUGGGAAUUUUCUUACUGCUGACAUAUAAUCAGGCCCGUCUUCAAGAAAUCCAUCUGAUCAUAGUCUUGGAAGUGUAUUCGGUACCCAAAUUAUCCGGUGAUAAAUAAUCACGGCUCGAGUUUUCUACCCAUAUUGCUUAAUUUAUGUCCCAGACUUCUAGCUAUCUUUAAUCUCAGAUCAGUUUCUUCUUUGUUAUAUUAUAUAUAUAACUUCUAUUUAAUUUAAAUUUAAUAGUUUGUAUAACAUGUGGUACCAAUUUGGUAUUCAGCUUUUACAUUUAGAACAUA